AUGUUACCUGGGAUGAAAUCUUCUUGUUGUAUAUCUAAUAAGAGUUUUUCAGAAAAAAUUAAUAUGACUGAACACAGUCGUGCUGAUACUGGUAAGAAACCUUAUUCUUGUAGAAUAUGUGAUAAGAGUUUUUCAAAAAAAGAAAAAAAUAAUCUCACCAGACACGGUCGUGUUCAUACUGGUGCGAAGCCUUACUCUUGUAGUAUAUGUAAUAAGAGUUUUUCAGAAAAAAAUUAUCUCACCAGACACUAUCGUGUUCAUACUGGUGAGAAGCCUUAUACUUGUAGUAUAUGUUUUAAACUUUUUUCACUAAAAAGUAAUCUGAAUGAACACGGUCGUGUUCAUACUG